AAGCCAUAUAUCGGGUAUCUACGGGCUGAUGAAAGAAAUAUCAUUUAGUUAGAAGUUUAACCGAGCAAAGGUGUUUAUCUUUGAUGCUUUACAGUGAUUGGGAUCCAAAGCUUAAAGCAAGUGGAUGACAUGUUGAAAAGAGCGACACAAGGUGUAAAUUCGUUGGAAGAUUAGAGACAAAAUUCAAAUCUUUGUUGAUUUAUUACAUCAGCACAAAAACAAAACAAGAACAGAACAGUACAGAAGAGAAAAGAACAGAAGAUGUGUUUGUUAUCAAUCACGGACUUACAAGGCAAAAGAACCUAGCAUAAAAGAAAGAGAACCUUGGAAUGAAAGUUGACAAGACAGAUCAAAUUUGCUUGGAUGAAAAACACGACAGGAAAUCGUUGAUCACAAGCAACGUGAUGGCUACAUUUACAACAACAACAACCAUAACAUAAACAACAGCAACAGCCACCAAACGCUUUGAUUCCAAAAUGGCGACGGCGCUUGUAAGUAACGUGCUGUCGAAUGCAUGGCAAGAGCGGUGGAGUGUGAAAAGCUGGACUUCUGAGAUCAGCCAAAGAAUUAUCAGUCUAAAAGAAAAUGAAUGUCGGGAAUUCAUUUCGCAGCUCACCGCUGCAAUUAUUCAGUACUCACUUUCAAGUCCAUCAGAUGAUGUGUACAUUUCUUAUUUGAAAGACAGUCUUUCAACACAGCAAAUUACAGCAUCUGAUGUUCUUGAUUAUAUUUCAAAGCUGGACAAUAAACAACAAUUGAAGCAGUUAAAGAUACUUUUAAAUAUCUUUGAAGAUUCUCUUGUCUAUAUCAGACCAUACAGAAAUGCCAAAGACAGUUUCAACUUUUGUGUUUGUCUGGCCAGAGCAAUCUUCUGGUUAUUUGGAACAAUUGCCAAUUCUCUUAAAAAUGUUUACCAGGUGAUGAAAGAGGAUGUUCACAGCCCUGAUGUUCAGAGUCAUUUUAGUAUCUGCGAGAAGUGUUUUGACCUUGUCGGGCGGAUGACAAACAACCCUUCAUUGCAUAACCUGGCGCUUAUUGGAAAAAUAGAGAUACAAGCCGAAAAAGAAGAAACUAUACAAUCACAACUUAAUGAGAUUAUGUCUUUACCAACGAAUUCGCUGACUGACCAAAAUGUCUCGCAGCAGUAUCAAAAUAACCUGAAAGGACUGAUGAACGACGCUGCCAGAUUCUUAAACUCGACAUUCCACGGAAUAUUAUCCCAAAACAGAAAGCCUGGCCAUGUUCCCAGCUACACAUUGCAAACUCUUGUUGAAAUCCAGGUUGUUGAGAAUUUCUACAUGGACAGUACAGUGAUGGCCGACCUAUUCGACUCAGUGCUAAUGUCCGAGAACAUACCCAUGGACCAGUUUUACGUGGAUCUACUGAGAUGUGGUUGCCAUGGUAUCCUAAGUGCACCUAAUGUCCAGGAAGAGCUUUUCUGGUCAUCUUUUGUCUUUUUUAAGAUUCCAUCCAUCGUAAGCUGUCUCCGGUUAAAGUACAACAAAGGCAUUGACAGCACCGUCUUCUUCACGGCCUGUAAACAAUUCGCAAGCAUGAACAUUCUUCUUGAUGAUCUGGACGUUUAUUGCAGGUUUCAAUGUCUUCCAAAUUUUUUGGCUCAGUGUCAGCAUAAAGGGUUAUUGGAUGCAGGCAAAGUCGAGCAGAUAAUGAGUCAGAGGCUACAUAAAGCUGAUUUGUUUGAUUCAGCAACGUCAUCGGACAGAAAUCCUGUUGCCAAUAUACUUGGAGCUGCCCACUUAGUAACAGAAGUUUUGAAGGUACUCUCGUUACCUUGGGAAGAUAACAAGGAUGUGAUAAAGCAAAACUUGACGCAACUUAGCAACACAAACGAACUUGGAAGAGUACUGGGGGCGGCAGCAGGCAUGGACCAACUGGCAUCUCUCAUCGAUUCGCUCAUCAGUCUCAAUGAAAAUGCAAAAGGACCUGUCAGUGAACCGAAUGAAGAUCCUGGUUUUGCUGACGUCAGAGCCGACAUAUUCAACCUCAGCUUCCUACUAUUGUCAUACAUAACUGCCUUGUUUGGCGUCAAGGUAUUGUCAAUGGCGACGAAAAAAGACUCGUUUUUCGUCACUUGGAGAACAAACUGCUCUGAAGAUGUUGGACAGAAGAGCUAUUCCCCUAUGGCGCUUGAAAUGAUCUUGGAUCAAGUGAUGACAAACAAUGCGCCAAAUAUUAAUGCUGUCCUUGCAAAGUGGGAUGACUACUGUCUAUGUUCUGGAGCUGUAAUUAAAGAGCUAACACAAGCGCUUGCUUGCAGCGUGAUUGUCGUUGACAAAAUCCAGAAAGUCUGCGAGACGUUCAAGAAUAAAAGGCCUGCCCUGUCGAUCUGUGCAAGCUCUUGGCUCUGUACACAGUACACCAGCAUGAUAGCCAGCAAACGAGAUAUGACCCUCAAGAUACUAAGAGCCUUCAGGGGACAUGGAUCCCAAAAGACUGCACGAUCUGAAUACAUGGCUAAAAUUAUUGAGGAUCUGGCGGGUUCCAUUGGUCUCGAACAACAGACGUUGGGCAAAGGCAAAACAGCCGGAAAGCCAGACACAACUCAACGAAGUGGGUUGGAAUCUGGGACCACGUCUGAUAUUUUGAAAAAGAUGGCAAAAUUUCCUGGCAGCCCUUCCAUCGACAAGAAGUCUUUAACUGCUUUGAAAAAGAAACUGGAUCUUCUUUCAACAAGUCGAUUUUGCAAUGUUCUAGCAAUGGCCAUCUUAAAAUCUGGAAAGAUUGAUGAAGCUAGAGCAUUUGAAAUCCUUGCAUCAACAUUGAUGCUUAUCGACCCUACAAACCUGGUUUUGUCGUUGCUUGAUGAAACGAUCCCUGCAAUCAUGAGGCGAUGUGAUGCUUACAAGCUGAUUUCAGAUCCUCAGGGCUUCACUUUAGCUAGAUUUGUAAGCAAGUCGAUCAGCUAUGCUUUAAUUUUGUCAAGAGCCCAAAAACCAUUUGAGUUUGAAAGACCUGCAAAAAUCUCUAAAUUGGACAUAGCCAAUGACGAAUGCAGUGCUACCGAUCGGAUUUUGAAUAGCCUAAAUACAUUAAUAGAGGAUAUUCUCAACAUCAUCAGGAAAGAACAGAAUGGGUCCAAAGCGUUGUUUCUGAAAUCUCUUCUCGGUCAACUUUGUAUUGCCACAAUGCAUAUAUAUCCGCCACUGCGACUACCACAAGGAUUGGGCAUGAAAAUAUUGCAGUCUCUUCAUGGUGAAAUUCCCAGCGAGAUCUUGCUGUUGGUUUGUAACAUCGAAGAAAAAAAUGGCCGCGAACAACUAGCACAUAGACUUGCAAUGACGACAGCACAGUGACAGAACACACCCGUUUCUGGUAACGAACUCUGAUUUUCCGAGAUAAACAAAAUGGUUGUUAUGGUUUAUUCGCCUGUAAAUAUUCUCUAUAGCGUAAUAGAUUUUCAAAUUCAC